CAGUAACAGUUCGUACUCUUUCUCUCUCUAGAAUAUCCUUUUUUCUAGCCGCCGUUGGUUUCCUCCAUCGAACGAACAGCUUCAAUUUUCUCAGACCCACUCCUACUUCUACUUCUACUUCUACUACCCUCAGGGGCUUCAUCGUCAUCAAUGUACCUUCUACUCUGCUCUCUCUAGGGUUUCAUUUCUCUGCAUUCCCACCCUGGGAACCGGAUACACCACCAUUUCAUCUUUUUCAACCUCUCUUCUCACCCUAAAACCCUAGUUUCGCCAAUAUCCGACUGUGAGGGUCCAAUUCACGCAAUAUCCGGUCCCCCGCGUGAAAUCGAUGGACAAUGCCGAGUCGGAGAUCCGACCCGUACUCGGACCGGCUGGAAAUAAGGCGAGAUCGGCCGAACUGCGCAAACCCGCUGAGAAGUUGAAGAGUAACAAGGUGGAGAAGCCUCGAGAGAGUGACUGCAAGAGAUUCCAGGCAAUGUCGGAGGCGGUGGCUGAUCAGCCGCCCAAAUCGCGGUCUCCGGUAUCGGCAUUGAAGAAAUGCGGCAGUGUGGGUUCAAUUCUGCGGAAGCAGCAGGACCAGAGGUCCUUUUUGAUGAGGUCCAACUUGUCGCUCAACGCCUCGUGCUCCUCCGAUGCGUCGACUGACUCUUCUCAGAGCCGGGCGUCCACGGGGAGAAUUAUCAGACGGAGCAUGACCUCUACACCGGCUAGGAGGAAGCAAUGCAGCCCCAAAACGGAGAAGGUCAUCGAGAAACUUGCAAGUGAAGUUGAAAGCUUGUCUGUGAGUUCGGAUGAUGUCUCUGUGCUGAAGAAAAGGUGUGCUUGGGUGACUGCUAAUACUGCAGAUCCGUUAUAUGCUGCUUUCCAUGACGAGGAAUGGGGAGUUCCUGUCCAUGAUGAUAGAAAGCUUUUCGAAUUACUUAGUUUGUGCACUGCAUUAGCUGAACUUACAUGGCCAGCCAUUCUCAGCAGAAGGCAAACCUUCCGAGAAGUGUUUCAAAAUUUUGAUCCUGUUGCUGUCUCAAAACUGAAUGAUAAGAAGGUAUUGAUGCAAGGAAGUCCUGCCAGCUCUCUCCUGUCAGAGUUGAAGCUGCGAGCAAUUAUUGAAAAUGCACGCCAGAUAUGCAGGAUAGUUGAUGAGAUUGGGUCGUUUGACAAGUACAUAUGGGGUUUCGUAAACAACAAGCCUAUAGUUGGUAAUUUCCGUUACCCAAGACAGGUUCCAAUCAAGACAUCAAAAGCUGAAACGAUAAGCAAAGAUCUAGUUAGAAGAGGUUUCCGAGGAAUUGGACCCACCGUUGUAUACUCAUUCAUGCAAGCUGCUGGAAUCUCGAAUGACCAUCUCAUCAGUUGUUUCAGAUUCCAGGACUGCAUAGCUGCAGGCGACACAAGUGACAAAGCCGAGAGCUUUAAAACCAAGGUCGAAGUAAUUCAAGCCGAAGAUGAAACUGAAUUAGGAAUGGGAAUGGGAACGGGAGUGGGAGUAGUAGUACAAGCUAUGGAUGAGUUGAGCUUGUUGUCGUAGAUGCACUGUAAUUUGUAAUUAAUACCCUGUCGAGGGAGGGGCUGGCUUCCUGCCCGGCGCCCGCCCUUCUGUAUCAUCUACAGUUGAAGGGCGACAAGCUUUGGUGUACAAAUGACUGAAUGUAUUGUGUUCAUUGCUUUGUAGAUUAUGAAGUAGAAUUUGGCAGCAGAUAAAAUGUUCAAUCUCUCCUCAUUUUGGAAA